ACCCCAAAAUCCUCCGGUUUCUGCACUAAUCAAAACAUAUAUAUUAAUUUUUAAUGUCUUCGUUUAUUUUAUGUAAAUCUAACUGUCUUCCUGAACUACGAAAACUCAUUAAUGAUGAAGAAAAGUAUCUUGUUAGGUUUUUUGUUCUGUCUAUUGAUAGUGGUAUUUGGUAAUAUUGAGGAUAACAACUUCUCUGAUAACACUGUUCAUGAGUAUCUUGAUAACUUGGAUAUUGAAGAAGGAGAGGAUGUAGAGCUCUUUGAGCUUCCAUCAUGGACAAGUGAGCGGGGUAGCAAGAUUCUUGUGAAUGUUGAUGGUCUUGGUGCAGUUGGUGAUGGGAUUUCUGACGAUACUCAGGCCUUUGUAGAGGCUUGGAAACAAGCUUGCUCUACGCCGAAAUCUGUUCUUUUGGUCCCAAGAGGACGUCGUUACUUGGUCAAUGCAACUAAAUUCAGAGGGCCUUGCGUUGAUAGAUUGGUCGUUCAGGUUGAUGGAACUAUUGUAGCACCAAAUGACCCCAAAAUUUGGGAUCUGAAUAAUCCUCGAAUCUGGCUUUAUUUCUCAAACCUAAGGGCAGUUCAUUUCCAAGGGAGAGGAGUCAUAGAUGGUUCAGGAAGCAAAUGGUGGGCAGCAUCAUGCAAAAAGAACAAGUCAAAUCCUUGCAUUGGAGCUCCCACUGCUUUUACUAUUGAUUCAAGCUCAGCUGUAAGGGUGCAAGGCCUUACUAUUAGAAACAGCCAACAAAUGCACUUCACCAUUUCUCGUUCUGAAUCUGUUCGUGUUUCUGAUGUACUUGUAUCUUCUCCAGAAGACAGUCCCAACACUGAUGGAAUCCAUAUCACUGCAUCAACAGAUGUGGUUAUUCAGAAAUCUAAAAUUAAAACUGGAGAUGAUUGCAUCUCAAUUGUCAAUGGUAGCUCAAAUAUCAAGAUGAAGGAAAUCUCUUGUGGACCUGGUCACGGUAUAAGCAUUGGGAGCCUUGGGAAGAACAACUCAACUGGUAUAGUUACAAAAGUAGUUUUAGACAAAGCAUUUAUCAGAGGGACUACUAAUGGCCUCAGAAUUAAAACUUGGCAGGGGGGAUCUGGUUAUGUCCGUGGAGUACGCUAUCAGAAUGUGAGGAUGGAAAAUGUUUCAAACCCAAUUAUAAUUGAUCAGUAUUACUGUGAUUCUCCAAAGACUUGCCAAAACCAAACAUCGGCUGUUAAAAUAAGCCUGAUUAUGUACCGCAACAUUAGUGGAACUUCAAAAAGCGCGAAGGCCAUGCAGUUUGCAUGCAGUGAUGAAGUUCCUUGCAGCCACAUAGUACUAAACAAUAUCAACCUGGGAAGGAUGAAUGGCACAGCGGAGACUUACUGCCAUUCCGUCACAGGCUUUGGGUACGGAUAUAUGCAACCUUCCGCUGAAUGUCUGACUUCAUCUGACAGAGAUUUGAGUAUCAAACGCCUCGGAGAUGAUCAGUUUGCAGAGUCAAGUCCAGAGCAUCUUACACAUACUGAACUCUAACUUCUGUUCUCGAUCAUCUGAGAAUAGUCAUAACUCAUAUGGAAUGUAGCUUUUAGUUGAAGGCUGAUUGCUAUGCCUGUAAAUAUAUAUCUUUUAAUCACUAACUACAGAUCCCAGAUUUCCUAUUUUUACUUGUAUUAAUUUUUGUUUUAUAGUAUUAUUAUUGUGUGGGAUAAUUUAGAUUGCUAUUAU